GCUUGACAACACCAUCUCAUACCCUCAUAAGCUGCUGCAAUCAUGGCCGCUCUAGCUCGCUCCCUCCCAGCGCCGCUACACAACCCCAUCUCAUCCUACAACGACUCUCCCUCGGGGUCCAACCUCCCGGACCUCUCUCUCCUUCCCAAACGAGGCUCUCAUAUCCCAGCUUAUGGGAAGAGAAAGGGAUGGAAGCCCAAGUCGGACGAGGAUUUCGGGGAUGGAGGGGCUUAUCCUGAAUGUUGGGUGGCGCAGUACCCUUUGGAUAUGGGCAGGAAGAAGGGCAAGACCGGAGGAACGCUCGCUCUCCAGGUAGACGGGCAGGGGAACGUGAGGUACGAUGCGAUCGCUCAGUACGGUCGGAAAGAGGGCCAGACGGUGCACAGCAGCGCUCGAGAUCUUGUCCCUCUUGCCAAACGAGAAGACCUCAAGGACAAGUCCCUCGAAAGACCUUCGGAAUCAGCCGUCAUGUCCACCGCUGAACGGACCCGUCUAGCUCUCGAAUCCAUCACUUCCGGCAAGAUCGCCGCCGCCCGUCCAUCCACCGUCACCCUCAAAGACAACGCCGCCUCGGAAUACAUCCGCUACACCCCGGCGUCUACCUCUGAUGAGGGUAAACAACGUAUCAUCAAGAUGUCCACCGUAGCCGAAGAUCCUCUCGAACCGCCCAGGUUUAAACAUAAAAAGAUCCCCAGGGCGAACGAUGAGCCACCUCCACCCGUCAUGCAGAGUCCGCCGAGGAGGGCGACGGUGCAGGAACAGAAGGAUUGGCAGAUCCCGCCUUGUAUCAGUAAUUGGAAGAACAACAAGGGUUACACGAUCCCCCUGGACAAGCGUUUGGCGGCGGACGGUCGAGGUUUGCAGGACAUCCACAUCAACGACAACUUUGCCAAAUUCUCCGAAGCGCUCUACAUUGCCGAUCGACACGCCCGUGAAGAAGUCCGAGAACGAGCUCUGAUGCAACAACGUCUCGCUCAAAAGGAAAAGGCCGCCAAGGAAGAGAACCUGCGUCUCUUGGCCCAACGGGCGAGAGAAGAGAGGUCGGGAAUCACUACGGCUGCUGCAGGGGAUGUCAAGCCCGUCGAAAGAGGGGUUGGAUUGGGAGGAUACGGAUCGGACAGUGAUAGCGAUAGCGAUAGCGAUAGCGAUGCUAGCGAUGCCACUGCCAAGAAGCCGGGCAAGAAGUCGGUUGCCGCGUCGUCAGAGGAGGACGAGGAUAGCGAUGAUGAGGCCGCCAAGGAGCGUGAAAAGAUCAGGCGGGAAAAGAGGCAGGAACGAGAGAGGGAGAUGAGGUUAAACAACAUGGGUUCAGAGCAGAGGGCCAAGAUGUUGAUGAAGGAACAAAACCGAGACAUCUCCGAAAAGAUCGCGCUCGGUCUCGCCAAACCCACCACAUCCAAGGAGAGCAUGUACGAUUCGCGUCUCUUCAAUCGAGAAGCCAACCAAGCGAGCAUGGGCGAUUCCGGCUCGUACAACGUCUACGACAAGCCGCUCUUCAACGCUCAGAACGCCGCGGCCGCCAUCUACCGUCCUCGAGGUAACAACCGGAACGACGAGGCCUUUGGAGGCGGGACCGAAGAAGGGAUCUCGAACGCGCUCGAAAACGAUCGAUUCGGAUUGGGAGCUUCCAAGUUUGUCGGGGCUGCCGAGGCUGGCAAGGAAGAUCGAAGUGGGCCCGUCGAGUUCGAAAAGGACGUCAGUCUCAAUAUGGGUCAGGUUCAGGGGAUGGAAGGUCAGCAGGAUCCGUUCGGACUCAACCAGUUCAUGGGGGAUGCCGUUGCCGGAAAGAAGCGUGGGCUGGAUACUUCGGGCGCUUCGUCCAGCAAGCGUGUACGACAGGACUAGUAUGCCUUGAAUUGCGACACUUUCGGAUUUGGACGUGGCAUUGUAUCGGUUCCAACCUGUUUCUUUAUAUUAUACAAAUCAAUGCUUUUGAC